GCUUUGACCCCCCCCCCCCCGCCCCUGUCCCCCUACCUCCGGAGGUGGGUCGUGCUGGGUUGAGCAAGACGGUGGGAUCCGUGCUCAGCCCAGGAGACCCUGAUGGCUGCGGUGUUUCUGGUGACGCUGUAUGAAUACUCGCCACUGUUUUACAUCGCGGUGGUUUUCACCUGCUUCAUCGUGACCACCGGCCUGGUACUGGGAUGGUUUGGCUGGGAUGUUCCAGUAAUUCUGAGAAAUUCAGAAGAGACUCAGUUCAGCACAAGAGUUUUCAAAAAGCAGAUGAGACAAGUGAAGAAUCCUUUUGGCUUAGAGAUCACUAAUCCAUCCACAGCUUCAGUUACAACCGGCAUAACCCUGACAACAGACUGCCUUGAAGACAGCCGCCUUACAUGCUACUGGGGCUGCAGUGUCCAGAAGCUGUAUGAAGCCCUGCAGAAGCACGUCUAUUGCUUCCGAAUCAGUACCCCACAGGCCUUAGAAGACGCUCUGUACAGCGAGUAUCUCCACCAAGAGCAGUAUUUUAUUAAAAAGGACAGCAAAGAAGAAAUAUAUUGCCAAUUACCAAGAGACACUCAAAUUGAAGACUUUGGGACCGUGCCCAGAUCUCGUUAUCCAUUGGUGGCACUAUUGACUUUAGCUGAUGAGGAUGACCGAGAAAUUUAUGAUAUUAUUUCCAUGGUCUCAGUAAUUCAUAUUCCUGAUAAGACUUACAAACUUUCCUGCAGAAUAUUAUAUCAAUAUUUACUCCUGGCUCAGGGUCAAUUUCAUGAUCUUAAGCAACUUUUUAUGUCUGCCAAUAAUAACCCCACCCCCUCCAGCCAUCCCUCGCCGGAAGAGCAGCGUGCGGAGCGCACUUGGCUGGAGAAGGCCGGGCUGUGCGAAGGCGAGACGGAGCCCUUGGAGGAGAGCAGCAAGGACUGCGUCGUGUGCCAGAACGGGAGCGUGAACUGGGUACUGCUGCCCUGCCGGCACGCGUGCCUGUGCAACGGCUGCGUUGGGUACUUUCAGCAGUGCCCGAUGUGCCGGCAGUUUGUGCAGGAAUCCUUUGCACUUUGCAGUCAGAAAGAGCAAGACAAAGACAGACUGAAGACUCUGUGAAGAUGCCGCCGCGGCUGAAAAACACACUUUCUACCUGAAAUGCAGACAGUCAUGUCCUUAGCAUUAAUCCCUAUGUGGAGUCAACAGUAUUGAACGUCACCGAAACUUCUUAUUCUAACUGUAUUUAUGCAAUACUUGGAUGAUGGAAGUGAGUGGGUCCCCUCUGCCCAGGGUGGUGAGCACUGGAAUACUGCGUUAAUCCAUAAAAUCCAGAAAAAUGUCAACAAUUUAGCUUUUUAUCACUGGAUGGUUUCAUAGAAUCGUUUGGAAUAAUCAUUCUGAAAAACCAAUCCAUUUGAAAUUUUGGAAGCUAAAAGUCUCAAGUCUGCCGAAUAGUUUGCUUUGACAAAAUCUGGAGUGACAUAAUUUGGAAGAAAUUUAUUUCUCUUUAAUUGUAUGUUCCUCAGUUUACAAAAGAGCUGGAAAGGGCUUCUUUCUUUAACUCCUUUCCUGAAAUGCGCUUUUAUAAAUAUCAAGCUUUUUGGUUUCUAAUUUCCUGUAACAUCAUAGUUACAUAAGCACAAGUCUUAAUUUUUAAACAUAAGUUGUUAAAUCAUAAAUGCAAGAUAUGAUUUUUGACUGUUCCCAAUGUGUCAUAUGUUAAAAUGAUACUGGUCUAUAGGUGGCAGAUUUAUAAAACCCAGAUAAUAAAAUUUCCUGAGUAAUUAAA